AUGAAAGUCACGGGCCUGGAUGCGAGCAAAGAGUUUGUGCGGAUGGCAAGGGAGUAUACCCGGGCCGAGGUGCUACACCAGGAUUUCCACCAACUAGCCCUGCCUCAGUCCCAUUUUGACGGCAUCUUUGCCAAUGCCUCCCUCUUCCACGUUUACAGGACGCACUUGCCGGCUGUGUUGGCAAGUCUGUACGAUGCCCUCGCCCCGGGUGGCAUCUUGUUCUCAUCCAACCCGCGUGCUGAUGAGGACACCGAGAAUUUCUCAGGUAGGUAUGGUUACUACUUAUGUUACGAGUCGUAUGCCGAGCUUAUGAAGCAAGCCGGCUUUGAGGAAGUGGGCCAUUACUACAGACCUCCAG